AUGCAUACUGCUUACACUGAAACUCUUUUUGCACCUCGUCCUCGUAAAAAUAUCGGAGCCUUUUUGGAGCCAAUGAAAUUUAUAUUCUCGCAUGGUGAUCAUAUUCAGGAAAACACUAACUUUACCUUUUUGUAUAAUGUCAACAAUGGAUGUACUGAUGACGUUGUUCAACGAUCAUCGUGCUUAACCAGAGAAGAAUUAUUAUGCCAACAGCUGCAUAGCGAAGAAAAGCAGUAUGAUUUCUUCGUUUCAAGAGUGAAUCAAGAAGUUCUAUUCCCUUUGCAACAAG